UGCUCUAGCUACCAGCUUGUCAAGAACUGAAACAGGAUAAGGAAGAAGAGGGACUAGAGGAAAUUAUGGCACAAGAGCCAAGUUCCCAUGUGGGAACUUACAAGAGGUUCAAGCCACACCUCCUCAUGGUUUUAUCUCAAGUGGCCUACGCAUUUCUCUAUUUCAUUACAGAAGCUUCCUUCAAUCAUGGGAUGAACCCUCAUGUCUACAUAACUUAUCGACAUAUCGUGUCUGGCAUAAUCAUGCUCCCUUUUGCCUAUUUUCUUGAAAGAAAAGACAGACCAAAGCUCACAUUUGCUCUUUUCUUGGAACUUUUUGUUAUUUCUUUUCUGGGGAUAGGUUUGACUUUAAACAUGUACUUUGCAAGCUUAAGAUACACCUCUCCAACAUUCCUUGCAUCAAUGAUCAACACCAUAGCUUCCCUCACCUUUGUGAUUGCAGUUUCACUCAAGUUGGAGGUUCUUGAUCUUCUAAAUCCUCGUGGAUUAGCAAAAGUUUUGGGCACCAUAGUCUCCUUAGCCGGUGUAAUGACCAUGACUUUGUACAAAGGACCUAUUAUGAGAAACUUGUGGAGUCCACUAAUCCAUAUUCAAGGAAAAACUUCCAUCCAUGAGAACUGGUUGAAGGGUUCAAUUCUAACUGUUGCUAGCUGCAUAACAUGGUCUUUAUGGUACAUUAUGCAGGCAGUCACAUUGAAAAGAUAUCCUGCACAACUAUCAAUGAUAACAUGGAUGAGCUUCCUAGGGGCAGCACAGUCAGCUGUCUUUGCAGUUUGUAUAGAACAUAAACGAGCUGCUUGGACAGUUGGAUUCAACAUUGACCUCUGGUGCAUUUUGUAUUCUGGAGGGGUGUGCUCUGGCCUAGUACUCUUUAUUCAACUAUGGUGCACAGUAGAGAAAGGACCUGUCUUUGUGACCAUGUUUGAUCCCGUCUCAACAAUAUUGGUGGCAAUUCUAGCAUACUUUGUGCUUGGUGAAAGACUCUAUAUUGGCAGCAUAGUAGGCGCAGCUAUCGUCAUUGUUGGCCUAUACUUGCUGUUGUGGGGAAAAGAAGGUGAUGAAGUUUACACCGCUAAGUCUGAAGAGUCUGAUCAGACAAAUGAAGAGGAGAAAGAUAACAAUAUGCCGACGAUUUCUUCAGUCAAGAAGGAUGCAUUACAUGAUCAACCAUGAAGAAUUAGAUCAUUCCCUUGGAAACCACUGAGAAGCACAUCAUGAAUCAAAAUUCAACACCAAUAAAACCUAAAACACGGAAAUGAUUCACUGAAGUUGGCAAGAAGAGCCAAGGAGCAGGAGAAACAGAGAAUGCCGACUGUUAGUUACUAUUAACUCCCAACUGUAAUUUUCACAGAACUCUUUGUUUGAUUUGUUUAUGGUAUUUGGACUUCAUUUAUUCAAGAAAAUCCUAGGCCAUGUAUUCAAAUUGAUUUGCCGGUACCGUGGUAUAAAUUAUGGUCACAAAGUCA